AUGUCAUCGGCUGCUACGAGCUUUGCAUCAUCAUCGAGGCGAGUGGCACGCGCCAGAGGGCUGGAAACUACUGGCAGCGUCCUUGGUAGUACUCGGCUGUUCUCGUCUACCGGCCCGGCGAGGGCGGAUUUCACACAUGUUGUCAUUGGAGGCGGCGUAGUCGGGCUGGCAACGGCGCGAGCGCUUCAGAGCCACGCCGCCGACAGCAGCAGCACGCUGCUCCUCGAGCGGCACGCCCAGGUCGGCACCGAGACGUCGUCGCGCAACAGCGAGGUGAUCCACGCGGGCCUGUACUACGGCGCCGGCACGCUCAAGACGGAGCUGUGCAUCCGGGGCAAGGAGAUGCUGUACGAUUUCUGCUCGCGGCACGGCGUGGCGCACCGGCGCGUGGGGAAAUGGAUCGUCGGGCAGACGCCGGAGCAGCGCGAGGCCAUGCAGAAGGUGUAUGACCACUGCGAGCAGGUCACGGGUGUCCCUGUGCGGUGGGUGGGCGAGGCCGAGGCACAGAGGCUGGAGCCCGACGUCCGCGCCCGGAGCGGCGUGCUCGAGUCUCCCACCACGGGCAUCGUCGACAGCCACGGGCUCAUGGUCACCCUGCAGGGGCUGUUUGAGGACGCGGGCGGCGUGACGGCCGUGGGGUCGCGAGUCGUAGACAUCGAGGCCCUCGGAGGAGGAGGAGGGAGCAGUAGUAGUGACAACCUGCCCGGGUCUGGCGGCUACCGGAUCACAGUCGAGGACGUGAGCAGCGGGGAGACGUCGACCAUCGAGGCCGAGACGGUCAUCAACUGCGCGGGCCUCGGCGCCGCAGAGGUGCACAACAUGAUCACCUCAAAGGCCUACCCGGGCCGCGAGCCCAUGCGCCUCUACUACGCAAAGGGCAACUACUUCUCCUACGGCGCCUCCCACCCAAAAGCAUCCCGCCUCAUCUACCCGGCUCCCACGCCCGGCCUGGGCGGGCUCGGCACGCACCUCACCCUCGACAUUGGCGGGCGCAUCAAGUUCGGCCCGGACGUCGAGUGGGUCGACCACCCGGACGACCUGACCGUCAACACGUCCCGCUUCCCCGAGAUGCUCGCCGCCAUCAGGGAGUACAUGCCCGCCGUGGACGAGGCCAGCCUCGCCCCAGACUACGCGGGGAUCCGCCCCAAGCUCCAGUACAAGAGCGCCGUCGGCUCUGGCAAGGGGUUCCUCGACUUCCACAUCGACAAGGAGGACGGCUUUGCUGGCUGGGUUAAUCUGCUGGGCAUCGAGAGUCCCGGACUGACGAGCUCGUUGGCGAUCGGGGAUCAUGUACGACGUAUGUUUUAUUGA